UUGAAUGCCGAAUGAAUUAGGUAAAUUGUUACAUAUGUACUAUUAGUUUCAAUGCAAGUUAUUCGCAAAAAGAGUGGAGUGAGUUUGCGUUAGAAAGAGAGAAAAAGAGAGAGAAAGUUCACUCACUUUCCAUCGUCAUCUUAUUCUCAAUCUCUUUUACCGUUUUUCAAUCAUCUUCAUGUAAUCAGCAUCAUCCUUUAUUAAUAAUAAUCAACCUUUGAUAACUUUAUAUUUUUCACUGGCUUACGAUGUUUCCCAUUUCACCAGUUUAAGGUUCACUUUUCCCUCUCCUUUUACUUCCUGGUGUUUUUUUGUGACUUCAUCUUUCGGACAUUUCCUUUCAAAUUGGCUCCAUUUGUGUCUAAUGUGUACUUUAAGUGCCUUUAAGCUUUAUGGCUUUAAAGUUUGUGUUGCUUUUGCCUAGUGUGAAUGUGAUUCCCAAGUGACCAAUGGAACUGAUACAGUUAUUCGUAAAAAUUCUUUGUCUAAUCUCAAUCAUCGAAUGUCGUACGAGUGAAUCAUUUUGGGGUACGGGAAUGAAACUUGUUUUAGAUCCGAAUAAAAUCUGCCGUAAAGCAGGUCGAUUGAAAAGUAAACAAACAAGUAUUUGUGAAAAAGGACCGGAGAUCGUUCGGGAAAUACCCAAAGGUGCUAAAAUUGCCCGUAAAGAGUGUGAAUUUCAGUUCCGUAAUCGUCAAUGGAAUUGUCCAUCAACGCGAAAGUCGAUGAGGAAGAUCCUUUUGAAAGAUACUCGGGAGACUGGUUUCGUUCAUGCUAUCACAGCAGCUGGAAUGACACAUAGCUUGGCUAAAGCGUGUAGCCAAGGAACUCUUAUCGAUUGUUCUUGCCUUAUGAUGUCCUCUCCUCAAUCAGAUAAUUCAUUCACUCAAGAUUUUGAUUUCCGUGGUUGUGGUGAUAAUGUUGAUUUUGGGUAUAAAAAGUCUAAAGAAUUUUUGGAAAGUAGAUUGAAAAAGGGCCAUGAUGUCCAAACGCUGGUCUUAAGGCACAAUUAUGAAGCAGGACGAUUGGCAGUUAAAAGAAACAUGGAUAAGGUAUGUAAAUGCCACGGAAUGUCGAGAUCUUGUACAAUUCAAACGUGUUGGUUGAAGUCACCACCUUUCCGUGAAGUUGGAGCCAUUUUAAAAGACAAAUUUGAUGGUGCUAUAAAAGUGAUUGCCACCAAUGAUGGCCGCAGUUUUACUCCUGAAAUCAGCUCAAUCAAAUCACCAAGUUUAGAGGAUUUGGUUUACUUAGAGGAAUCGCCCAACUUCUGCCAAGCUGAUAGAUCAACUGGUUCUUUAGGCACUCAAGGACGUGAAUGCAAUAUUACAUAAAAGGGUAUUGACGGCUGUGAUCUGCUUUGUUGUGGUCAUGGAGCGAAAAAAGUGCAUAUACCCGUCAAAAAGAGCUGUAAUUGUAGAUUCAAUUGGUGCUGUGAAGUAACUUGCAAUGUAUGCACACAAAAAGUGACGAUAUAUACAUGCAAAUGAAAGUGAUACACCGUCAAAACAUGUGAACUUUUUCCUCCUUUUUUCUUUCAUUUUUUCCUGUCAAUCAAACAGCAAAAACUGUCCCAGUUUUGUUUGAAACCAAACAAAUGCAACAAUCUCUACUUUGCUCUCGGUCAGAUGCUCAGUUCAUGCAGGAAUCUAAACUGAUUUGAAAACUCAUAAGCCUGUUGAAAAAUAUGACUGACAUCGAGUAAUCGACGAAGUAAAAUGAACCGCCAACUCCAUUUUCCUCCUUUUUCCUCUGAUUUUCAUUCAGCAUAAAUUUUCAUUAUUGAAUCCGCCGAUUCGUCACUAAACACAUUAAGGAUUCAUUGUCGUCUUGAAGAUGACGGCCUUCUGAAUCAAGGAAUAAUAAGGAUUAAACCAACCGGAUGCAGGAGUCAAUGUAUUCGUGAUUUCACUAAUGCAUCUGAAUGAAAAACAUGAAUAUAAAAUUAGACACUUGACUCGAUCCAGUACACCAUAUGGUUUAUCCACUUCUUGUUUGGUUGCUCAAUCUUAAUUUUCUCAAUAACUUCGAAUGAAAUAUUUAAGAAAAGUUUUAAGGUAAAACUUUGUUACCGCAUUUUUUAUUUCAAAUUGUACAACCUAAUAAUCAUGAUUGCCAUUUUCAUCUUUACCAUCAACAAAUCCAUCAUCAUCAUCUUCAUUAUAAUCAUCGUGCAUUUAAUGGAAGAAAUCCAAUUUCAUCCAUUUUUAAACAAAAUUAUAAAUGCAUGUGAAACAAAUUUUUGUCCAUGAAAAAUAGAUGAAAAUACGUUUAUCUCGCACUCAAUCAAUGAGAUCAAUAAAAAUAAAAUUAUGCUUGAACUUCAAGUAUUUCAAAAAAUUAUCGGUCUGUUGUAAGGAAGGACAAUUAUUUGUAAUGAAAUUACCUUUCACUAUCUAAACCGAUAAUUUAAUGAUCAGAUUCAA